UGGCUUGGCUUUGGUAGUGCUGGCAGUUGCGAUUCGAACGGCGAGUGGUGUGUGUGUCGUUCCGUCCGGUACGUGUUUUUUCGCGCCGCGCGGCCGGAGACUCUGCGUGUACGACGCGCCCGCGUGGCUCGCGAUUUCUCUUUUCUGUUUCUUGGUUUUAUUUCGCGCGGUGCGCCAUUAGCAGCGCCGCGGCCGCCGCGCCGGAUUGUGAAACGGCUAAAGGCAAUCGCAGCAGGUGACGCGGUUGCCGAACGUUAUCGAGAGUGACGCGUUCUGUAUAAAAGGCGGGCGGAGUGGUGUUCUAGUGUUACACUUUAUUGUGCCAACCAUCAGUUUCUUCCCUCGUUCAACGGUCCCUCACCCUCCGGUUUACACGUUCUCUCGGCGGGCUCCUUCGUCGCACGACGAAACUGGACCCUGUCGAGACUCGAGACCCUCGCACGCGGUAGUUUUACGCCGGGAAAGAGUGUUUCUUUGGGGACUUUUGCUGCGGGUGAUCGCUUGGUAGCGAGGCCGGCGGGGAUACUCGGGACGCGCAUUCGUCGACCAUCCGAUUGGCUCUGUCUUCAGUGUCUUCUCGGAAUGGCGAUCGGUGGCGGCGAUGAUGAGGCUUGAAAGUUACCGUUGAUUCGUCGGACAUCCUGCAGGGCCAUUUGUUUCCAGGAUGAGCGCGUCGCUACGGAUUUUGGCUCUGAUCAGCUUAGCCGCGCAAAAUGUGGCUUGGCCGCAGGAUCCCAUUCCUAGACUGCACCUCAAACAUCGUGAGGUGAUUGGCCAGCGAUUUCUGGGCAAUGAAAGCCACGUAGAACACUUCAAGCUCCUAGAACGUGCGACAACCUCUAUUCUGAUUGGUGCCAGAAACGCCAUUUACAACAUAAGUCUACACGACCUAACGGAGAUCGCCGACCAGAGAUUGCAAUGGUCCAGCACCGAGGCGCAUCGCGAGCUUUGCUACUUGAAAGGGCGCAGCGACGACGAAUGCCAGAACUACGUACGAGUGUUCGGCAGACAAGGCCCCGAUCGUUUUCUCGUUUGCGGCACCAACGCCUACAAGCCACUCUGCAGACAAUUCACGAUCAAGGAUGGGGCGUACAUAAAGAAAGACGAUACGGAUGGUUUGGGACUUUGUCCUUACGAUCCACGACACAACAGCACAGCAGUUUUCGCCGAGGGACAGUUAUACGCCGCGACGGUGGCUGACUUCUCCGGUGGCGAGCCGCUAAUUCACAGGGAGAAAAUUCGCACCGAGCGCUCGGAUCUCAAUCAGUUGAAUGGUCCCAACUUUGUCAGUUCAUUCGCGUAUCAGGAUUAUGUAUUCUUCUUUUAUCGCGAAACAGCCGUGGAAUACAUGAAUUGCGGAAAGUCGGUCUAUUCGCGAGUUGGCAGAGUCUGUCAGCACGAUAAGGGCGGGCCACACGCAUUUAGCGACAGAUGGACGAGUUUCCUGAAAGCGAGACUCAACUGUUCGGUACCAGGAGAGUACCCCUUCUAUUUCAACGAAAUACAGUCAACGAGCGAUGUUAUGGAUGGUCGAUACGCGGGAAAAUCCGCGCGUCUGGUGUACGGGGUUUUCACGACCCCGGUAAACUCCAUUGGCGGCUCAGCUAUCUGCGCUUUCUCUAUGGACGCCAUUCUCGAGGUCUUCCAGGGUGCUUUCAAAGAGCAAGAGACGAUAAACAGCAACUGGCUGCGAGUACUUCCGGAAAAGGUGCCUGAGCCCAGACCCGGUGCCUGUGUUAACGAUUCCAGAACACUUCCGGACAUCACUGUCAAUUUCGUCAAAGCGCAUCCCCUCAUGGACGACGCGGUGCAAUCCUACUUUUCGUUACCUGUGAUAACUAAAACCAGUUUCAAUUAUAGAUUUACCAAAGUUGCCGUAGAUCCUCAAGUAAAGGCAUUGGAUGGUAAAGCUUACGAUAUACUGUAUAUCGGAACAGAUGACGGGCGCGUUUUGAAGGCGCUUAAUACGCGUGCACCAGAAUCGCGUGACAAUGUCGGUCAAGUUAUUGUCAGCGAUGUUCAAGUGUUAAGAUUUGGCCAAGCGGUCAAAGACCUUCUGGUGGUUCAUCUAGCUGGCGAAGCGAGCAAGCUGGUGGUGUUCGCGGAUUCUGAGAUCCGCGCGGUUCCCUUACAUCAUUGUGACUCCCCUGCUGCGGCUACUUGUAGAUCUUGUGUCGCCUUACAAGAUCCUCAUUGCGCCUGGGACGCGACCGCGAACCUCUGCGUGGCAGUGCUGACGAAACUCCACGACAACGACGCCGAUAAGACGCUGUUCCAAGAUAUCCCAACCGGUAGACACCGAAGCUGCGGACGCGAACCAGAAGUAACGAAGUCCGUCCAGCCAGCGGUGGCGUCCGAAAUUGGGCGCGACGAGCAGCCCGAUGAACGGGAGAAUGAAAUCAUCAUCGAAUUGGAUCGGGAAAAUCAGUACGGCCGUACACAGCCGAGGGCUAAUGAGCCUCAAGGCGUGACCGUAACACCGGUGGUAUACUCAGCCCAAACAUUGACGGGUGCGCUAAUAGGGACCUGUUUCUGUUCUUUGGUGGCCGGUUUCGCCUUCGGUUUCUGGUUCUCUCAGAGAUUGCGGGGCUCGUCGUAUCCGGAACCCUCCGAACAACGGCAACAACUCAAUCGACUAACAGAGAGUACCGAGUCGCCCGGAUUCAACAACAAGUCCAUCAAUCUUGUGCUGAAUGUACCGCCCAAGAACCCGAAUGGCAAGAACGCGAAUUCGUCUGCGGAAAACAAGCCAGUGCAAAAGGACCCCACGGGUUCUGGCGCAUCUUCCACCUCCUCUUCCUCCGACCUCGCGGAAUCGGACGAGCGCAACAACGAGGACGGCGACGACGACGAGGACGACGACGGGACGACGCCCACAAGCCUCACCACCGGUAUCGCCACGGACCACACCAACAACACGCAUAAGCUGGACGAAGAUCGUUACGAAGAUCAUUACGAGGAUCAUUACGAGAGUAUCAUAAAUGACGAGGUCUGCACGCUGGAAUACUUGGAUGGUUACGAUACGCAGCAGCGAUCCGCGACGGCCCAGAGAUGUACUCAGUACCACCAGUCCGAGUGCGUCGAGACGACGUUGAUGAACGCGCCGACCUGCGAACUUGAAGAUUCCGGCGGCAGCGACAGCGCGAACAGUCUUGACGAUCUCUGUAGGCGUCGUCACGCCGCUGAGGAUCUAUUCGAUCGGCACGGGGCGACGAGCAACACGCGGGACCAUUAUAUGGUGCCCACUCGAAGCCCGCGCGAGCUCAACGACAAAAUUCUGUCGCUCUUUAACCCGCAAUUCCUGCCAAACUUUAACAACAUGGUCACGUACAUGGCCGCGCAUAGUCCGCCACCGCGAUCUCAGUCUCUGGCCCAAUACAACAGCGAGGACGACAAUUUCCUGCUUAGGGACAGGAACUAUCGUAAACGUGACGGCAUGAACUCGGUGUGCUUUCGACGAGGACUGACUCACGAAGCACCGCGGGAGUGACACUACUUUCGCAUCAGCGGACGAAGCGAUUCGCUCUGUUUAUGGUCUGAUAACGAGCAACAUCUAGCAACGUGACUUUGUGCACCUGAGAAACUAGCAGUGCUGAAAGUGAGAAAUAACUGUAUGUAUCUUCUACAACGUUACGAAGGAGAGUUAGAAACUGUCAUUGAUAUGGUACUACGUGCAGCGAAACCCCUUCCCUCUUUUCCCGUAGUUUCACGAUGGACACGUAGCUGAAAGUUGCGUCGGAAAAUGAGAUCGUGAUCACAUAGCGACACGUAAUAAUCGACGGCGAAUAGUCUUGUGAUAAGCCCAGGAUCUACUUUUUUAUGGUAUUUUCAAGCUUUGCCAAGUAUUGUCCGUCGCGCGGUUCCACGCUCGCAACUACCGUGGAAUCAUUUUGUAUAGGAUUCAAUUUAAAGUCUUUUUCUUUAUUUGUCUCGAUGAUAAUAAUAGAAGAGUCGAAUGUAAGGGAAAGCGUAUGCCGACAACAACGACGACAAGAUUGAACCGUAGUAAUGUAAUGUGAUACCAUAUGAGAACUGUGUUCGUAGCAGUGGCCUGUUAGGUGCUUAGACUGAUGCAAGAUAAAACGAAAAACACUGUGUAGAGACAUUUAAGCAUUCGCGCGAGAGACGAGGCGUGCCUUCCGUGUAUUAAUUGUUGGCAGAUCUUGAUCUAUAACAGGAAUGGAGUGUUAAUAUGGCCGGUAUAGAUUCGGGCAAGUGCCUCAUUUAUGCGUUUUGUUUAAGAUAUCCAAUAGAACGGAGUGAAGUAUAGAAAAAGAAAAAGAGAGAGAGAGAGAGAGAGAGAGAUCUAAGUAAGACUAAUUCGAAUAUUGUAGUGCACUUAUUACCGUGCUGUGAGUACUGGUAAUAGCGGGGAAUACGGACGAGAGCAUGUUUAUCAAUAACUUAGCUCUCACUGGUAUAUAGCGGCAAGAGUAUAUAGUUUCUUCGAGGAAUAUGCUUGUUAAAAAACCUAAUGAUAGUGUAAAAAUUAUUGUUACAUGAAGUUGUGACGAAACAAAGUUAGAAGAAAAACGCAUAUGAUUAUUUCAAUUAUAUAUGUAAUCUGCUAGAUUAUAAAUAGCAAGACUUGCAAAAUUUUUCUCAGCAGACGACUAUGAGGAAUUAAAUUAAAAUACAA